AUGGACCUGAGCGCGGCCGCCGCGCUGUGCCUCUGGCUGCUGAGCGCUUGCCGCCCCCGCGACGGGCUCGAAGCGGCCGCCGUGCUGCGAGCGGCGGGGGCAGGGCCGACCGGGAGUCCGGGGGGCGGCGGCGGCGGCGGGAGGACCCUCGCCGCGACUGCGGGCGCCUCCGCUGCCCCGGCCGCCGCGGCUCCCGGGCCCCGCGCCGCGCGCCGCGCCGCGGGCUCCGGCUUCAGGAACGGCUCGGUGGUGCCGCACCAGUUCAUGAUGUCGCUUUACCGGAGCCUGGCCGGGAGGGCUCCGGCCGGGGCAGUCGCCGCCUCCACCUCGGGUUCUGGCCGCCACGGCCGCGCGGACACAAUCACCGGCUUCGCAGACCAGGCGACCCAAGACGAAUCGGCAGCCGAGACCGGCCUGAACUUCCUGUUCGACGUGUCCAGCCUUCCCGACGCCGACGAGGUGGUGGGCGCGGAGCUGCGCGUGCUGCGCCGCGAGUCUCCGGAGCGGGGCCCCGGCAGCGCGACUCCCCCGUUGCUGCUGCUGUCCACGUGCCCCAGCGCCGGGCGCGCGCCGCGCUUGCUGCAUUCCCGGGCCGCCGAGCCCCUGGACGCCGCGCGCUGGGAGGUGUUCGACGUGGCGGACGCCUUGCGGCGCCACCGCCGGGAGCCGCGCGCCACCCGCGCGUUCUGCCUCUUGCUGCGCGGAGUGGCGGGUCCCGCGCCGGUCCCGCUGGCACUGCGGCUGCUGGGCUUCGACUCGCGGGGCGGAGGCGGAGCGGCGGCGGAGGAGCGCGCGCUGCUGGUCGUCUCCUCCCGCACGCAGAGGAAGGAGAGUCUGUUCCGAGAGAUCCGCGCCCAGGCCCGCGCGCUCGGGGCUGCACUGGCAGCGGAGCCGCCGCCGGAUCAGGGACCUGGCAUGGGGUUGCCGACGGCGGUCAUCGGCGGCCGCAGGCGGCGGCGGACGGCAUUGGCCGGGACUCGGGCAGCGCAGGGCAGCGGCGGGGGCGAGGGCCGGAGCCACGGGCGCAGGGGCCGGAGCCGCUGUAGCCGCAAGCCCCUGCACGUGGACUUCAAGGAGCUGGGCUGGGACGACUGGAUCAUUGCGCCGCUGGACUACGAAGCGUACCACUGCGAGGGCGUUUGCGACUUCCCGCUGCGCUCGCACCUUGAGCCCACCAACCACGCCAUCAUUCAGACACUGCUCAACUCCAUGGCGCCGGAUGCCGCGCCGGCCUCCUGCUGCGUGCCCGCGCGCCUCAGCCCCAUCAGCAUCCUCUACAUCGACGCCGCCAACAACGUGGUCUACAAGCAAUACGAGGACAUGGUGGUGGAGGCGUGCGGCUGCAGGUAG